AUGGCCGAAACACCCAGCCCCUACGGCCAGAUCUGCUGGUUCGAAGUCCCCGUCACGGAUGUCGCGCGCGCGUCUGCUUUCUACUCCAAAGUCCUCGGCUGGGAUUGCAAUGAUCUAGAAGGCACGCCCUCGCCUAGCGGCCGUGAGAAGUCGGUUCAUAUGUUCAGCAAAGGGGCCCUGCACGGGGCGUUCCUCCUGGCGCGGGACGAGGACGGAGUGGCCAAACUCGACGACUUCCACAAGAAAGCCGCGCCCAUCGUCACGUUCAUGGUGGACAGCAUUGAGGAGACAACGAAGAAGAUUGAAGAUGCUGGCGGUCGAGUGAAUCUUCCAAAGACAGAGAUCGGAGGAGGGAUGGGGUUCUUUGCGCGGUUUAUCGACACUGAAGGCAACCUUCAUGGCAUCUGGGCGAAAGAGUAG